CCCGACACCUUCGGAAGACUAUAAAGUUAAUUCAUCAACAUUUACAAUUCUCCCUGUUGAAGAUGCAAUUCGCGAUUCGUCGAUUUCAUUUGGAAUGUUUCACAAGCAUUUAAUGGAAGAAUUUUUUAAUCCAAAUUAA